UUACCCGCCUCCCGCUUGCAGAAAAUGCCACGUCCGGUUUACCCGGAAGUAAGCACAAUUCCCAAAGAUGGCGGAGCAAGGUCCAAUGGCAAUAGCGAUGCGGCUACGAAAUCAGCUCCAGUCCGUCUACAAACUGGACCCGCUAAGAAACGAGGUGAGUGGGCAUGUUAUUCGAGCUUGUUUGCACUGGGUCUGUAAAAGUUGUAUUGUGAAAUACCUGCAAACGAGCAAAUAUUGUCCAAUGUGCAACAUCAAAAUCCAUGAAACACAGCCUUUACUCAACCUCAAAACGAGUGAAGACAAAAGAAUAAAGGAAUUUUAUCAGUCACGUGGGUUAGAGAGAGUCAUCCAACCGACUGGAGAUGAUGCUGUACCCGAUGCGGCAGGUUUACCGUACACAAGCUUCGACCAUUCAAAAGCCCACUUCUACAGAUAUGAUGAGCAGGUUUCGCUGUGUUUAGAAAGGCUAAGUUCGUCGCUUACUGGAAAAGAUAAAACAAAACUUACUCUCCAGCAGAAGUUUGUUCGCUGUUCUGUCCGAGCGGAGGUGAGACACCUACGGAAAGUGCUUUGUCAUCGACUAAACGUGGAAAAACACCAGGUCCAGAUGUUGUUCAAUAACGAGUCUCUGCCAGAUCAUAUGACCAUGAAACGGUUAUGGCUCUCACACUGGUUUGGCAAGGCCCAACCAUUAGUCCUGCACUACACCAUCAAGGACAAACGGACCAGAUAGGACAUGUUUUCACUCUGAGGACAGCUGUACAUAUUUUGUACAAUACAUAUUCUAUUUUAAUAGUGUUUGUGUACAUAUACUUAUUUUCCUUGUUUUUGUAUUUUUGAAAAUAAAUUUGAAAUGAGAAAAAUAA